AUACUCUGAUCAUUUGUUUACAUGUUGAAGUUCGAAAAAACUUUGGGAACAAAUCACUGGAACAAAUUCUUCGAAACGGCGUCAGACUUUGAGUAUUUAUGAAGCAAAUAAGAAACUCAUUUUCAUGGAUGAAAGUUCGCUGAAGGAAAAGCUCAGCUUUCACUGCAUUGUGAAGUGUUUUCUUUUCGCCACAAACACCGUCUUGUGGAUUGUCAGCAUUGUACUCAUUGCCAUUGGAGCCUGGGCUCAUGACGAGAAGAGGGAGUACAGUGACCUUGACAGCCUGGCCUUUGACCCUUCAAUUCUCAUUAUUGUUGUUGGCUGUCUGAUGUUUGUAGUGACAUUUUGUGGUUGUGUUGGAGCUCUCAGGGAAAAUAAGAUCUUGCUGCAAGUAUUCAUGGGAUCUUUGACUGUCAUCUUCAUUUUGGAACUUGUAAUAGGCUUUGUUGCAUUCUUCUUUGUUGACAAGACCAGAAGUAAAGUAAAGAAGGCAACUUAUGAUGUGAUCAUGAGAUACAGAGAUGACCCAGACCUGCAAAAUGCUAUCGAUGGAAUACAGAAGGGUCUGAAGUGUUGCAGUGGAUUUUCAUAUCAUGACUGGGAGCUGAAUGAGCAUUUUAACUGUUCUGCUAAUACUGUUCAGGCAUGUGGAGUACCCUUCUCUUGUUGCCGCAAGGAUCAGAUCAAUACACACUGUGGAUUUGCAGUAAGAAAAGAGAAACUUGAAACAGAAGCUUCUCAGGUGAUAUACAUCAAUGGAUGUAUUGAUAGUCUGACAGACUGGAUUAACAGCAAUCUUCACAUUGUGGGUGGUGUUGCAUUUGGGUUUGCUGUUAUACAGUUACUUGGAAUUCUGGGAGCCUUUAACAUGAUCCGGGAUAUUGAUGAAGUGUUGAAGUCACAGAACACCGAGACUGAGUUGAACUUUACGCUUUAAGAGGACCACAGGGAUGCGCAUGUGAAAUAAAGGAGUAGAAUUCCACAGUUUGGCUUGCUGAACCUGUCCACAAAGUCAGGCUAAAAGUCUGCCACUUUGUGUACACUUCUGCCACGAAUGUCUAUGAGCAGCUCUGUGAAACAAUUUUCAACUCAAUUCUUUGAGUAUUUUUUUUUGCUGGCAUCACACCCUUCAGAAAAUCCCAUCAAGAGACCAGUGUGUUAGUGUAGGAGUAAUUAUGGUAGGAGUGCCGUAGAGUUCAAUAAAUUAAUGGACUCCCAUCAGUUGAUUAGAUUCAAGUAUUCUUGUACAGAGUCCAAUGCUUGAAUAGUAAAAACCUUUAUUGCAUCUUCUGAUUGCAAUUCAGCAUUACAAUGUCAACCCAAGAAUUACAUGAACCUACACUUUACUUUAACUUUGCUUUUUUUUAAUACUUAAACCUAACUACAUUUAAAGAAAGUUCUGAACAAAUACAGAGAUCAGCAGAGGAAAGGGAAAUAAACACUUACACUACCAACUAA